AUGGAUGCCAUAGGAUCGUUUGUAGCCAAGAAGGCCUUCGAGAGCAAGGUCGACUCCCUCUCCAAGAACUUCACCAGCAGCCUGGGCCUCGGGGGCGACGAAGAGGGCGGUGGCGGCAGCGGCAGCAGCGCGGGCGAGGUGGAGAAGAGGACACGACAAAGCCGCGAGGCACGAGAGGCCGAGGAGAGGCAGCUGCGGGAGAGGGAAGAGGCACACAAGAAGCGCAAGGAGAACAACCUCGCCAAGGCCAACGCCCUGCGCGAAAAGUACGGCCUGCCCACCGACGCGCCACAAAGCAGCAGCAGAAGGGAUGCCGCCUCCACCACCCCCUACAAGGGCUCGUCGAGCCCCAACGGCUUCUCCAGGGCGGGUGGAGGCACCACCACCAAGAGCAGCAGCAGCAACAGCGGCAGCUCGUCCCCGGUCGCGUCGCCGAGGGCCGGGCGGCGCAAGGGGUCGGGCCUGUGCGUCGGGGAUCGCUUCAUCCCGGCCCGCAACAGCGCUCCGCUCGACCUCGACCUCUCCCACUUCAAGCUGCUUCGCCGCGAGGGGGCCCCGGCCACCACUGGGAGCGGCGGCCGGAAGGAGAACACGCUACCGUCCCCGUCCGCCCACCACAACGCCGCCACCCUUCCCUCCUCCUCCACCACCGCCACGGCUGCUGGUGCUGCUGACACGACGCCGGCCAAGGAGGAGUACAGGAGCCUGCUCGAGCGGACCCUGCUGGGCAGCGAGGGCCGCCUGGCCACCCGCGUCCUCUCCUUCUCCGCCGCCUCAUCCGCCUCCGCCUCCCCCGCAAGCGACCUCCACCUUGGCGGCUCUGCUGCUGCUGGUGGUAACGCGCCGCCCACCGCGGCAGGCCCCAACUCGGCCACCGGCGCCGCGUCUCCGCUCCGGGGCGCCGCCUCGCCGCACCGCAUCCUUCACGUGGAGCGGGAGCGGGCUGCUGCCUCGUCGGCCGCCGUCGCCUCUUCGCCCUCGUCCCCGCUCGCUCGCCGGCGCGCACCUCGCCGCCUGCCCUCCUCGGCUGAGCGCGUGCUCGAUGCGCCGGACCUCGUCGACGACUACUACCUGAACCUGGUGGACUGGAGCGGGCAGAACGUGGUGGCGGUGGCGCUCGGGCCGAGCGUGUACCUGUGGAACUCGGGGUCGGGGGCCAUCACGCAGCUGGUGUCGCUGGGCGAGGACGAGGGCCUGGUGACGUCGGUCAGCUUCAGCGCGGGCGGAGGGGACCUCGUGGCGGUGGGCACGCAGGCCGGCGAGGUGCAGCUUUGGGACGUGGGCGCGGCGAGGCGCGUGCGGCGGAUCCUGGGCCACUCGGGGCGGGUGGGGGCUUCGUCGUGGAAUCCGACGCACGCGGGCCUGCUCUCCACGGGCUCGCGCGACGCUCUCGUCCUCACGCACGACUCGCGCGCCGCCCGGCCCGUCAUCGCCACGCACGACAUGCACUCCCAGGAGGUGUGCGGCGUGCGCUGGUCGCCCGACGGCACGCAGCUGGCCACCGGCGGCAACGACAACCUCCUCUGCGUGUGGGACGCCAGCGCCUCGUGGUCCUCCGCCGGCGACGCUGACAAGCCGAGGCACGUCAUGGAGCAGCACACGGCCGCCGUCAAGGCCCUCGCCUGGUGCCCGUGGCAGGCCAACCUGCUCGCCUCCGGCGGGGGUACCGCCGAUCGCUGCAUCCGCUUCUGGAACACGGCCACCGGCGGCUGCUCCAACGCCAUCGACACCAAGUCCCAGGUGUGCGCCCUCCAGUGGAGCAAGCACUCGCGCGAGCUCGUCUCCUCCCACGGCUUCUCCCAGAACCAGCUCAUCGUCUGGAACUACCCCUCCAUGAGCAAGGUGGGCGAGCUCACGGGCCACACAUCGCGUGUGCUGCAUCUCGCUCUCAGCCCGGAUGGGACCACGGCCGUGUCCGCCGCUGGCGACGAGACUCUCCGCUUCUGGCGCCUCUUUGAGCCCAAGGCCCCGACUGCCGAUCGCGCCUCGUCGCCUUGCUCUGUCCUCCGUCGCCUGGACAUCCGGUAA